AGCCACGCCGAGAUGGGUUCCUCUUCGCCCGCCCGCCGCCACCGCCGCCACCAUUCGUCCAAUAUCAACCACCAAGGAGCCAAUGGUCUGCGGCGCCGCGGGAGACAGACCUACACACGGUACCAGACUCUCGAGCUGGAGAAGGAGUUCCACACAAACCACUACCUAACUCGGCGAAGAAGAAUAGAAAUGGCACAUGCCCUCUGCCUCACCGAGCGACAGAUCAAGAUCUGGUUCCAAAACCGAAGGAUGAAGCUGAAGAAGGAGAUCCAGGCGAUUAAGGAGCUUAAUGAGCAAGAGAAGCAAGCACAAUCGGCGAAGAUGGCACAGCAAAACGCUGCCAACAAUGCCCAAUCCAUGACCUCUAGCCAGGGGGCGGGAGGGGGGCCCGGUGGGGAACAGAACCCCCCGAACCCCACGCAAAACUAACGACACAACUUCAUCUAUAAGCUAGGUUUAAGGUAUGGGGGCAGAGUAGCGUGGAAGAGGGGAGGAAGAAGAAGAUCAAGAAAGGGGAGGAAGAAGAAGAUCAGGAACAGGGGAGGAAGAAGAAGAUCAGGAAGAGAAGAG